UGAUGUCCCUGGAUCGAAACCAGGCGGCGCUAAUUUUCUUUUUUCUUUCCUUUUUUUGCUUCAAGUCAUGUGAUCUGAAUUGUAAAAUCUAGUUGCGAGGUCAGUAUACUAUUUCUCAUCCGUAUCAUGAGUUGGUUUGGCGGUUCCCCAUCAAAGGUCUCUGCUGUUAAGCAAGUUGAAAGAUCUGACACCAACGACAAUUCUCAAUAUCUUGAUGAUCUUCCUCCCAAGUUUGAAGACAGGGAACCCAUACAUGCAAAGCAACCAACUUAUGGCGAUGCAUUUCGGAACCUAAAGCUCAGUGAUUUCUCACUCGAAACUUAUGUUGGUAUGCCGUGCUUCCGGGAAGCAAUGAUCACAGGUUUCCAAAGCAUGGGAGUACUAGGGUUUGUCACGUUUCUUAUACAUAAAAAUCCUGGCCGUUCAGUGAACUGGGCUAUUUGUGGAUUUUUCUUGGGCAGUGUUGUUGGAUGGGAACAAUGUCGAUCAAUUCGGAAAAAAUCGUUUCAGACGGUGGAGGCAGCACGUGUUGCUAAUCAAGACAAAGUUCGUAGAAAACUUGAGGACCGUUCUGCUGAUGAUGAAACAUUAAGUCAAUUCAAUAAGACUCAAACCGGUGAAUGUGAAUAAACAACAAGAAACUCAAACAUAUUUGCAUUCACAUCAAAUAAAUAGUGCCACGAUACGAAAACAGAAUCAAAAAAGAUCAAAAAAAAGAAUAACUGAACUGGCGAUUAAAAAAGUAAUCUUUCUGCCUCUUGUGUUGUUUUGAACACAACUCUGAAUGUAUGUAUGAAAGUCCGGAAUGAAUAACAGCAGUAGUAUCUCGUACUCAUUUCUUCAGUUUCUGUUAAUGAAAUUUUUAUGCGUGUGUGAUCUUGAGAGUUCGCCUUGUUGCAGUCUGACCGAG